AAUAAUUCACCCCAAAAGAACCAAAGCCCAUUUUAUAACAUUUCUGUCGGACACUCUACUUUCUUUUUGAUCCGUUCCAAUAUCAUUUUUCUCACACUACACUCAUACGCUUGAUCGAUCGAUAAUGGCGCUAGAAACAAUAACGCAACAACAACAACAAUAUCUUUGCGCCUUGCUCGGAAGCACAAAUUGGAGCGUUGGCUCUGAUUCUGGUUCUGGUUCUGGUUCUGGCUCUGCUUUAGAUUACUACAACAACGAGGGGUUUGAUGAAUUUCUUACGAAUAAUCAAAAUGUAUCAGCACCACAAGAGUACGAUGACUACUCGAAUUGGAAUUUGCCACCUCCAUUAUUGGUGGAUUCACAAAAUGAAUUUCAUGAAUGGGAUCAGACUUUCUCUGUUUUGGACCAUAAUUUUACAAUUCCGGAUCAACAAGAACAACUGCCAGCAUUGGGAACUCCAGUUGAAAAUUGUAGUAGUACAACUAGACCAAGAAGACGAAGAACAAGAACAAAGAAGAAUGAAGAGGAGAUUGAGAAUCAAAGAAUUACACACAUUGCUGUCGAACGAAAUCGUCGAAAACAGAUGAAUGAGUACCUCUCUGUCCUCAGAACUCUCAUGCCUCAAUCAUAUGUCCAAAGGGGUGAUCAAGCAUCAAUAGUUAGUGCUGCAAUCAACUAUGUGAAAGAGCUAGAGCAGCAGCUGCAAUUUCUUAGUGGUCAGAAGCAUUUGACAGGUCAAAAUGAAGAAGCCAAUGGUGAAACUUCUCCAUUUUCUGAGUUCUUCAGCAUUCCACAGUACUCCACAACCAUGACUGUUGCUACUACUAGUGAAAAUGGACCUUGCAUGAAUGAAAAUUAUAAGAACCAGCAGCUACCAGCAACAGCUGAUAUAGAGGUUACAAUGGUGGAAAAUCAUGCAAAUCUGAAAAUAAGAUCAAAAAGGAGGCCAAGAUUGCUUCCUAGAAUAAUUUCAGGGCUUGAAAGCCUUAGGUUAAGUGUUCUUCACCUCAAUGUUUCAAAAGUUGACCAGUUUGUCCUCUGUUCUCUCAGUUUGAAGGUAGAAGAAGAUUGCCAGAUGAGUUCAGUGGAAGAAAUAGCAGCUGUUGUGAAUCAGAUUUUAAGAAGGAUCCAUGAAGAGGCUAAUUAGCUUUGAUGUGACCAUAUAUAUGUGUCUUAAUUCUCCUAGCUAUAUUGCUAAUAUUUAUGUAGAGUUAGGAAUAUUUGACAAUAAAUCAGAGUUUAAUUUAAUCUGAGGUCGCAAAUUCUAAUUG